AUGAACUAUACUCCGGCAACUUCGUCAUCAAAUGGGUCAUCCCAAAACAUUGCGUUGCAGGAAUUAAUCGGCAAGUUCAAAUUCGUGCGAAUUUUGGACUCCAAUCCGCAAAUAAAAGUGAUUUCGCUUCUGGGAAAAAUCGAUGCACAGGACGCCAUUGUGACCAUGGAAAAAAUGCAUUUUGUUUAUGACACUAAUGUGCUGAAAAAGGAGAACGGACGCAAUACGCCCGUUCUUCACAACUGCGAAGACGAAUUUUCUUGUCUGAAAUCGAUUCAAGAAUUGCGGGAAAUUGCUUCGAACGACAUUUAUUACUGGGGAGCCGGCCUUUUGAAGCAAGACUUGGACCGCAAUCCGACCGCAAAAAUCAAUCUCAUUUGGCCUGCUACCCCGGUGCACAUCCGUAAAUAUGAGGUCCAGGACUAUCAUAUGCUGCGGGAAACGCCUGAGAUUUACGAGAGAGUUGUUAAGCCUUAUAUCGAGGAGAUGAGCAGCGAAUCACGUCUGAGGUGGGUUAACAAUAUUCUCUACAACGGUGCAGAGUCGGAACGUGUGGUGUACAAAGACUUUGUAGAAGAAAACUUGCCCAAGGGCUUCCUUGUUUUGCCCGAUAUGAAAUGGGAUGGCGUGAACCUAGAUUCGUUGUAUUUGGUGGCAUUGGUAUUCCGUAAUGAUAUCCGCUCUCUAAGAGACCUCAGGCCAGAACACAAGCCCUGGCUCGUCGAAUUACUCACGAAAAUCAAAACCGUCAUUCCAGCUUGCUACAAUUAUGCUAUCCAUCCAGAUGAGUUAAGAGUUUUUAUCCAUUACCAGCCUUCUUAUUACCAUUUCCACAUCCACAUCGUGAAUGUGAAACACGGCGGUCUGGGUGACGGAAUCUCAUCCGGCAAAGCAUUCUUACUGGAAGAGGUGAUUGAACAGUUAAACUACCUAGGCAAAGAUGGCUUCGCAGGACGAACGAUCACUUACGUCUUGGGCGAAAACCACGAUCUUUGGAAUCGUGGCAUGAAACAUGAAAUUCCUCGGCAGUUGAGAGAAGAUGGUAUUCCCAAGGCACCCAAAGUCAUCAAUGACUUUGAAUAA